UGCCAGUUUGCGAAAUCGUCGGACGCUGCGGAGAAAAACGGCUUUCUGCUGCUUGCAAACAAACUAUUUUGAGGAAACAGUGGAUUACCAUUGACCUGCCGCUCUGAUUCCACUCGCAACGCUGAAAUACGAUGCAGCCUGCACUCUUGCUCGAAUCCAAGUUGACUGUCUUCAUGAAAUUUUAAGAGUGACACACACUCAGCUCCAAACACCGGACACGGAUCCAGGAUGCCCAUUCCUCCCCCUCCCCCCCCACCCCCUGGUGGACCCCCUCAUCCUCUCACCUUUAACCAGGCCAACACGACGACUCCUAAGUUUACUCGAGAUGAAGCGAAGGGCAGGGGGGCGUUGCUCUCUGAUAUCUGCAAAGGGUCAAAGUUGAAGAAUGUUGGUGUUGUCAAUGAUAGGAGUGCACCUUUUAUUGAAAAGCCAAAAGGAAGUGGAGUCAUGUCAGGAGGAACGUCUGCACCCGUCCAGCCCGUGGGGGGGCUGUUUCAGGGUGGUGUCCCAAAAUUGCGAUCAGUGGGAGAUGGUUCUGCAGGCAGGUCUGCAUUGCAUCCUCCUGGCACACGUGCCACUGCCCCUCGCCCGCCUGGAGGUCACGACGAUCCAGACAGCGGUUCUCAACAGGGCUCUCCUCCAGAAUCCGGACGUUCCCAGAGACCAUCCCUGCCCGAUCUCUCCCGUUCACCCGGUGGAGGCAGCAGCCCCUCUUCAGGCAUGAAGCACAGCUCUUCUGCCCCUCCUCCUCCGCCCCUCAUGACUCGUCGCGGAAACGCUCCAACCGCUCCGCAUCAGAAGGCCGCAGCGGCCUCCUACAACCGCGAGAAACCCCUUCCGCCAACUCCUGGUCAGAGAGGACCCUCUCCGGCACCCGUGCGUGAGAACGCACCACCUCCUCCAGUAAAACCUCCUCCGUCGCCCGCGAGCAGCCGCUCUUCUUCAUCCUCCUCCUCCUCCCUGGCCCCGCCGCCGCCUCCUUACCGCCAGCAGUCCGUGGUUUCAAACGGCCUGUCUAGUCCUGUGAACGAAGCCGCCCCUGAGCUACCCCAGAGACACAACUCGCUCAGCAAGAAACCUUCAGCAGGAGGACACACUCCAACACGGGGACACGCCCCUCCACCGCCAUCACCCACCCCACAGGCCGGCAGACCCCCGCCUCCAGCGCGAGAGCCUCCUGGACGAGGAGCAGCUCCUCCAGUUCCCGGACAGCCGUCGCGGAACGGACGGGACGCUCCACCUCUACCACCUCCUUACCGGACACACGGCAGCUCUACGGACGGUCAGAGCCGAGGCAAGCCCCCUCCUCCCCCCUCCCGCACACCAGCCGGACCCCCGCCCCCUCCACCGCCCAUCCGCAAUGGACACACCUCCAUUUCCCGUUCCUUCGUAGAUGAUUUCGAGUCCAAGUAUUCUUUUCAUCCUCUGGACGACUUCCCUCCUCCAGAAGAGUAUAGACACUUCACUAAGAUCUACCCGAGCAAAGCCAACAGGAGUGAGUCUAGAGUAAUGAGAGGAGCCCCUCCCUUACCGCCUGUGGGGAGGUAAACACUGUGACCGGUCGCCUGGGCUGCAUCAGCGACGAGUGUUCUUCAUUCAGACCCAUACGUUCAUAGACAAUCUCACAUGCACAUGUAAAUCCUCGAAGCCUGCACCUUAUUAACAGUCAUUCCCCAUCGGAUAACAUUCCUCCACGUUCACGCGAGCUCCAUCUCCCAUUACCACUCUUUAAUUGUGUGGAAUGUCAAGGGACAUUUUUUUAGGUACCUGUUUUCUGCACAUUAGAUUAUAUGCGUUUGGAGGUCUUGCUGAUAGUCAUGCUGUCAAAUCCUGUAUGGCGGUAAUGCGUAGCACUGGAGAAGGAAACUGCAGAAAGCCUCUGCAAAUAUGUCUUAAUUACCACGUCGGGCGACAUACAUAUAGUUUUUUCAUAAUUGCUACCCCUAUGAUGCACUGUGAAUAAUGUCAGUCACACGGACGUGCGUGAACUGAACUGUAAAAUAUGAACUGCUUUAGAAGUUUUUGUUGUCGUCGUUCCUCGGACGCACCCCUUUUUCAGGGAACAGACGUUUCGUUCAAGUUCUCUCAGGAGGUUUAUUGGACUUCAUGACCCUCUCCAAAGGCAGAGAACGAUAAGCUAAAUGAACCAGAAUUACGACGGGUCCAAAAGUGCCAAGAGAAUGUGCUCUAGCAUUUACCCAAACAGCAUGACACGGCCCGUCAGUCAAAGGCUGAUUGCCUUUAUUAAUGGUUGCUUUAAAGGCGGGUCUUGAAUUAACCUGGUUUGGAGAUGUCGUCCAGCGAUAUGCCUCACGCUCUGUGCCGUAUCCUCACCCGCAAUGUGAAUUCUGGCUUUUGUUAUUACGUCGUAACAGGCUGGCGAGGCUUUGCCCUUUUUAUAUCCUCUGCUUUGAUGUUUGUGAGCUAACUUGUGAGCUAAAAGAGCAAACCUUGUUCAUGUUCUGCCUGUGAAUUUGUGUCUUGGGUUAGUGUUGUGAUAGAAGACGGCCACUGUGUUGAGGAAGAACAACUGGAAUUUUAAGAGUCACGCAGAUGUGGGAUGAAUGGUAAAAUCAGCCAUUGUGGAUUCACUGCAUGCUGCUUUUUGAAACAGACCCUUCAGAAAAAUAAUGGGUGUAUUUGCAUGCACGUAAACUUCCUGUUUUCCUGCUUUUUUAAAUACAUCUGCUUUUUGGACGACAAGACCGGUUGUCUGAUAUCGUUACAGAGUUGUGGUAACUACCUAGCCAGUCAUGUUUAACUGGUUGUCUUUGCACUAACUCUUAGCAUUCCACCUAGCCACAGAGAUGUAGGUUAAAGAUAAAGCGAACUCUCCAUUUCUCAAGACUGGCAUUGAUGCUUCCUAACAUAUCUACAAUUUGAGGCGGAUUUGUUCAGUGUCAUUGUUUGAUUGUUCCAGGUGUAUAUUCUGUACAUGCUUGUUCUCAAUCCGACCACCAACAUUUGCAUGUUUUUGUAUUUUUUAUGAGGGGCUAUCAUAUGUCUGUAACCAACUCUAAAUCAUGUAUAGCUAAACGGACAAUACUGAAUCCUUUCCACUACAUUGCCCCUGUUCUUCUGCCUUACAUUUACUGAUUAACUUGUCGGUACUUAAGAUUUAUAAGAAAGAAAGUGUAUUUAAAGUACAUAGAGUGAUACGGUAGUGAUAGAUAUAAUUCUAUUUUUAAGUUGUAAAAAGCUUGUAAUAUAGUCAAUACUUUCAGGCAGCCAUGCAUAUUUUAGGCUUUGACUAAUAACCUGAUGUUGUAUCCCUGAAAACAGAUAAAAUGUUCUCGUCCUUAAUCGCCUACUGUCUGCCAGAAGGGUUCAGUGUACAUGUCUGUAGAGGAGUAUACUGUAACUUACUCGCAUUGAGAGAGUGUUCUUGUCAUGAUCAUCAUUCCAUGCUUAACUCGAGCUUGUACGUUUCACACCUGCUGGUCUUUGGAUCAACUAGUUGAAAUAAAAGCUGAUGAUAAGA